GAAAGGAAGCAGUACUAGUCCAAGUAGUAAAAGCCAUCUAGGUGCUAGCUAAUGGGGCUUCGACACCCGCUAUCGAGAAAUUAACUGUGGACUGUUUUGUUAUGUUUCGAGCUAGCAAGGAAGCUAGCUACCGAGCCGGCAACCCGCUAGCCAUGUUAGACACACGGCCAUCGCUGCAUGUUAGCAAAAGUGUACUAGUCAGAGAUAAAGCUGAUGGGGAGCUAACGGCUAACCGCUAGCAUUGACUAGCUAACUGUUUAGCUGUUGGUCUUGCUAGCACUGGUCAGACUCCUUAAAAAGGUCAAAUAAGCCAACACAAGGCUUGGUAUUUGCCGGUAGCUGCAUGAACUAUUGGUGACUUGUGUUUUUUCCUCCCUGUCCUCUCGUGACUCAACAAUGGAGUGACAUUGACUCUGCAGUGAAUUUCUCAAGUAUUAGCCAGUGCUGGUCAUUCUCCACCAUGAGUGUUCUAAAUUAACAGUGAUGGCGUUUAGAUACAUGUUAAAUCCGUCUCUCUAUAAUAGCAUAUUACAGGGAGGGGAAUUAUUGUUCGUAUUUGCAGAUGAAUGGGUAAAAGAAAAGGUAAACCACAUCUCAAUUGAUCCUCUAUUGCCAGACAGAGGUGUAGCCGUUCUGCACUAACGCAGUGGACUGUAGUUAGUAGCCACCUGUGCCAGGACAGUAAAUCUAAGGACACAAACAGACACAGGCCUCACAAGAAAAAUUUCAGAACGAGAUAGUGCUAAUAUUAAUAAUAAUAUCAUUGAGAAUUAAUGUUAUGGUAAUAGUAUUUGCUUUGUUGAUUUAUUUAAUAUCUUUCUUGUGAUCAACAAGUCCCCUGACAUUAGCAAAGAAUUGAUCUCCUAACAAGGGAUGCCUGUUGGUUUUCGAUAGUACUGAUUAUUCUAUGUUAAAGAACUGUUCUUGUCAAAAAAGUGAGCUACACCCACAGUAGUGAUUAUUGCCAGCCUUAUUCUUUAGGUUAUAUCUUUGUCUUCUAAUUAAAAUGAUUAUUUUUUAUGGUGUGUUACAUUGCUGUCUUUUAGAGGUGGUUAUGCUUGGUUUUCAGUGAGUUUUGUUGAUUUGUAAGAAUUGUUCUUUUUUUCUUGAAGACAAGCUUUGCUGGUGCAGUAUGAUGUCUGAUUGAUAUCCAUUAAAUGGGAAUGAUUGCAAACAUUGUGUUUUGAUUAUGCAGUCUGCAAUAGAAGUAAGUACACUUAUAUAGUAAUAAUGAAUCAGGAGUCUAUGACCUAAGAGUAAUUUCAUUACUUUUGAGUUGAACAGUUGAGUACUUAAGUAAAAUUUAUCACUAAUAGUUUAUAUUUUCUAUGUUAAAAAUGCCAGCCCCACAGUAGGAACUCAACACAACAAAAGACAGCACAGCUUUUAUUUCCUCAAUUCACAUCUUUUCAAUAUGUCAUUAACACACCUUUAUUUUUGUCGACAAGCUCAAACUUCCUUGUCAAAGAGGCUGGCUGUCAUGGUGCCAUAUACAAAUGCCUCAUUACCUUUUGUGCUUCCAGAGAUCCAUAUCAUAACACUCCCUCCUCCAUGUUUCCCACAGUGUUAUGCACGGUCCUUCACACUGAAACACAAACUGAUUUCCUAUGAUAACCCCUUUUCCAAAUCUGUAGCACUUGCUCGUCUGUUUUCAGAGAUAGAUUGUGCAAAUAUGGCACUGUCCGUGGCUUCAGUUUUUCAGGGUAUCGGCUCUGAUUCAUGCUGCUGUCCCUUGUUCUUCUAUACGCGUGGAUGCCUGCUGCAGCUGUGUUUUAGCUGAUUUUUAGUUGGUCACCCAUCUUCCUGAAUCAUUUUCAAUCUUCAUGCAGUCUGUUCAGGUUUUGCGGUUCCUCUGGCAGUUCUGUUUUGUGUUGAGCCUUGAUGCAGGCUUACAGAUGCACAAAGCCCAUUUUACAAAACUGAGCAUUUUCUGGUGUUUACCAGUCAUUAGUACAGUGUGUUUAUGUAGUCAGGCUAAUUGGAAAUGACAAGUGCUGUCAAAUUUGUUUUAAUGAUCAGCUGAAGAGUAUUCAUUUUUGCUACACUGAUGUUCUACUUUGGGGCCUGUUUUUCAGUGUAGUGCUUCUGAAGUGUUUUUUUCUGAUUGUUUAUCAAAAGAAACACUAUUUGUAAUCUUAUAAAUAAUCCAUUUAUUGAGAAGUGAUUCAUUUUGAAGUAUUUGGGAUUUUAUUAUUACACUUUUGUGUAGUAAUUUCAGGCAGAGGUGGACUCACUUGUUUUAUAUCCUGUCGUUAAAUUCAAAAGAGCAUGAACCUACACCUUCAGUAAGUCCAGCUGCAUUAUGUAGGUAACUGAUAUUGGACCUAAACAUCCGCUUAGCCUAUUAAAUGGUACAGAAAAUGACUUGCAAAGGUUCCACCUGAGCUACAGUCAGAUUAACAGUUAGCCCAGUGCACGGUGAGUUAUCUUGGUGACCCCAGAGUUAGUGUCCUGGCACUCAUACCCAAUCCUCUGUCUUGGUAAUAUGCAGGCGCUUCUUUUCAGCAGGAGAGGGCAAUGUUUACAACCUCACUCAAAUGUAACAUGCCGGUGAAAGGACAUCUGUAUAAGGCUCACGUUGUGACAUUACUUUCACAUUCAAAGCAUGUGUUAGUUUUAUGAACUGUUGUGCCUUGAUCUAAAUCAGUUUUGCAUUGCUGCUUUUCUUAUGAAAUGUUUUUGAUUUUUAAUUCCCUAGCAGGCAUGGAGAAUUCGUCAGUGUACAUGUGCUUCCCCUGCUACCAGGAGUUCAACACUCUGGAAGAGGUGCUCAAGCACCAGUUGACAUGCACCGCCGAGGAUGAACAGCCUGACACAUCUGGAGCCAAUCCUGUAACUGUUCCAGUGUUACAGACUCGGCAACAGGUAAUGAAUAUAUCAAGGACAGUAGCAAUCCCACAGAUUGAAGUCCAAGCAGGACAUUUCUCUGUGCAGCCUGUUACGACUACACUCAAGCAGACUGCAGUUAGCGCGAAGUUACCAUCUGACCAGCCCAGAAUCCUCUACCAGUGUGGAGAUUGUGAUGAACUUUUCAAAAGCCUUGACCUUUGGCAGCAGCAUCGUAAAGAAGGGACAUGUCAGCAGUCUGGGAGCAAGUCAAAACCUGAUUCACAAGCAGAGCCAGAGUCCUCAUCGGCUCAGAGCCCGACUUUACCUUUAAAUCCAGACGAGUCUUCUUUCGCAUCACCUGGAACUAGCACAAAUGUUAAGCCAGAACCAGUGGAUGAACCUGUAGAAGAGGAAGAGGAGCAGGAGGCUGCAGAGACCUUGCCGUCCCAACGCUCUGAUCCCAUUGUUUCUGAGGUGACCGCUUCAACCUCCAAUCCAGAAGAUUCCUCUCCCAGAAGGAGAGGGGCAAACAAAAAACCGAAGCCCGAACCAGUGCUCUUGUGUGUGGACUGUGGCUCAUGCUUUGGCCUGGUGUCUGAACUUGUGACUCACCGCAAGACUCAGCAUGGCUUUGAAGAAGCUCUGCACCGUUGCUCUGUAUGUGGAGAAAGCUUUCUAAACACCACCCUCUUUCUCUAUCACCGCAAACAACACAGACAGAAGGGUGAGGAAAAGGUGAUGGUGGCUCCUGAGGUGACAUCAGAGGAGGUUUGUACUCGGAGCAAUGGGACCCAGGAACAGGAGAUGGAUGCUACUCCAUCCAUCACCGUUGUCACUUUCACACAGCCAGAGUUGUUUAUGUGCACCCAGUGUGGGCAGAGCUUUAGUGAUGAAGAAGGGCUGGUCAUACACCGUAAGCAAAAGCACGACCUGAAGGAGCCACUACACACUUGUUCACACUGUGGGGUGAGCUUUAUGAACACCACCCUGUACAUGUACCACUGGCAGCAGCACCGCUACACAUCACAAAUGAAUGUGCCUGAUGGGACUGAAACUGGUGUUGAAACAGCCACCACUAAUCCUCAGGAUAGUCCACAGAGCACAAAGCGAUUGCUUUCUCCACCUGACCCUGCAAGUGAAUCAGGUUCCCCCCUUCCUAAGAGAAGCAGGCCUUCUUUCAGGAUCCUGAGCAGCAAUGCACUCAAAGGAAACAAAAGUGUAGGUGCUAAAGAUGAAGUAGAGGGCAGCACUGCAGCAGACUCCGACAACACCAAUCACCCUCCACCUGCCAAGCUGCUGCACGACUGGGCCCGGACACCACUACCCCACGUUUGCCCCUACUGUGGCAAAACCUUCACCCGACGUGUCUUUCUCCGCACCCAUGUUUACAGCCACACCGGAGAAAAGCUCUUCACGUGCAAGGUGUGCACAAAGUCGUUCACCAACUCCCAGAGCCUGCUGCGCCACAGCAUGAGCCACACGGGCAGCAAGCCCUACAGUUGCAAUGUUUGUUGCAAAAACUUCUCCCAGGCAGCCACCCUGAAGAGACACCAACGCAUUCACACGUCAACACUGCCUCGGCGCAAGCGUGGACGCAAACCAGUGUGCACCUUGGACAAUGAGGGAGCUGCUCAUCUCUUCUCUUGUCCUAACUGUCCUUCACGGUUCAGCACUGAGGAUCAGCUUAACCACCACAAAUUGCUUCACACCAGCCAUCCAUUCCCUUGCCCGGAAUGUGGAGAGGCCUUCAAACGCAGAAGAGACCUGGACCUUCACUCCCUCACUCAUCAAGACAAGCAGCCAGCAACAUGUGCUCACUGUUCAGCCCAGUUUGUCAACCAGGCAGUACUGGAAAUCCACCAGCAGCGUUGUCCUACCACAGAGGAGGAAAGGAACACCGGCCGUGGACGGGGCCAGGGCCGGGGACGCUGCACUGGGCAGAUUGAGUGCGACCUUUGUGGGCACCGUUGCAUGACUCAGGAAGGACUCGACCUCCAUCGGUUAUCCCACACAGGACAGACGCCUCUGAAAUGCCCAGUGAGGCCUUGCCGCCGCCGCUUUACCUCCAACAGUGCCUUGGAGGAGCAUGUGCUGGCGCAUUUCCAAGGGACGCUCAGCAAGUCCAAGAACCGACCCCGCUUUCGCUGUCAGAUUUGCCACAAGGAUUUUGCCUACAAUUCAACCUUCAGUGUUCACAUGAGGACACAUACUGAUGAGAGGCCCUUUGAGUGUGCCACAUGUGGGAAGCGCUUCCGCCAGCUGCCUCAUCUACAGGACCAUGAACGUAUCCACAGUGGUUUGCGGCCUUUCUGCUGCUGGAUUUGUGGGAAGAGUUUCAGCGUGGCUGCCCGCCUCACCGAGCACGCCCGCACCCACAGCGGUGAAAAGCCCUACCCCUGUCAUCACUGUCCUGCUGCCUUUCGCUCUCGUUCCAACCUGGACAAACACAUCCGUCUACAUACGGACGUGACUUCAGAAGCUGAGGAGGUGGUGCAUGUGGCCGAGGCCGCCCAAGUCCAGAGGAUGCUGGAAGAGGCUAAGGUGCAGACUACUUUAGCCACUACAGGGGAGGUUGAUUCUGGCUCUGUGCAGACCAUUUAUGUACUGCAGGGAGGUGAAGGAGGCACUGAGACAGUCAUGAUUCCAUCUGAUCAGCUUAGUGGUAUAGAGGGAGCAGAGGGAACACAGGUUGUCAUCCUGCCGUCUUCUGUUCUUGGAACUCAGGGCAUCGCUGUUCCCACCAUCACCAUGGAUGGAAAUGAAAUCACGAUGGUGGAGACAAGCCAGUCACCACAGCAUGCCAUUGAGUUCAUUGUGGAAGAGACCAUAUGAAGGCAGGUUGGAAACUGCUGUAUACAAAAAGGACAUCACAGUGGAGAAUCCUUAUUGAGUGUCUACACUGCUGAUGGAUUAUUUAAUGUGGCAGUUUAAGUAAUUGCCUUGGAUGUAUAUAGUUUGGUAGAUUUCUAAGUCAGUUUAAGCAAAAGUCCCAACCUGUGUAGUGAUUUUGCAACUUUACUUGAGCAUAAAAUUAAUUUAAUAAUAGAGUUCAAAUAGUGUCAAGUAAUUAAAGGCUGACACAUGGGGUGAAAUAUUCUGGAGAACAUCUUGAAAUAGUCUUUCAAACAAAUUUGAAAACAGGUGAGCGGUUGGCCCUCAGUUGUACACAAGUGUGUAUUUACAGCCCCUGUUUAUUAGGGGAAGACAUGUGAAACGUCUUCUGCUUUCUUAAUAAUAAAAUGCUUCAGCGUU